AUGAGUAAGAAUUUGAAAAAAAAAAAAUUUCGGUUGGAGCGCCCCCUUGUAAAAACUUUCUUGCACCAGUUAUCACAUAUGGACGGUUUCACGCUUGCACAACAAAGUUCUUCUUGUGCGGAUGAACCUAUUUCAUAUAGUAACAUCCCUACUAUGCUCAUUGGACCCUACUUUCCCAAGGAAACCCUUUCCGUCGCCGAGCUGCUCCGGUUCAAGGUUCCAUCCCUCCAAACAAAUCUACACUCAUGUGCAUGUCUCAGCUAUCACCCACCCUCCAUCAGAGAUAUAAUCGAGAGUGAUCUCCGCAACACACACUGGCCUUCCUACCCCGCAAUUAAUAAUCUAAUUUCUGAAUAUGAGUCCAACUUUGACAACCCACCUUGUUCGGUUAAAUUUGGCACACGUUACAUCCCUAUCAAAAUCCUCCAAAUUUGGGAAACCCUCUUUCGUGUUCAGAACCUGCAGAAGGUGUGGAAGGAAUCAGAGGUGCAAGUCAGGAAGCUGGCAAACCGUUACCCUGCUCAGCGUGUUGCUAUCCUAGCAGCUCAGAAACAGCUCCUAUCAUCCAAGUGGAACACCAAAAUCCUUGGAUUUUCAAAAUCAACUUCUGGCUGUAUUGGAGGGCUGACGCGUUACCUCUCUUUCUCCUGCCUUGUCACUACAGAUAUUUCGUACCAUAUUGAACUUCUGAAACAUGCCCUAGAGGUUGCAGAUAUAAGCGCUAGGCUUUUGAGCCCUCUGGACAUUCAGUACUUGACUGGGUGUGCAAUGCAAUCAGAUGGGAAUGGGCCAGAAAGAUAUCGACGAAGUCUCACCUGCAAAAUGCUCCACCAGUUUGGUGCUGAGCUCGCAUCUGGAUCUGUACAUCAAUUUGGAGGGAUUAUCCAUGUCAAUAAUCACUGGAUCGCAUUCUCCAUUUCCCCCCUAGAAUCAACCAUUUACCUCGGUGAUUCCUUUCACAAGCCAAUGGGAGAUGAUGGGCAAUCGGUUGCAGUGAAGGAAGUGAUCAGGGCUCUUCAAUGGUGGCUUGACAUAUCCAGUCCAGAGCCGAGCCAGUCUGCGUCUCUGUUUCAGAUUCAAUGGCUACCAAUUGCGUACCAAAAUGAUUUUGUAUCAUGCGGCUUCUUCGCUCUUGAUGCACUCAUGCAUCACCUUAUCCCAAACAAGUAUCCACUUCACACCGGUGAAGAUGCAGCAAUACUGCGUGUCAAAUUUCUGACAUCCAUCCUUGACCGUCACAGCGCACAGGCAGCACCGACACAAACAGCGACAAUGGCCGCUACACUUGUGGCAACACCGGUAACAGCAUCAGUCCAAGUUGCGAGGAUGCCGGAAUCACCGGUGCUGCCUGCAAUCCUCAUGACCACCCCAGCCACAGUGGACAACCUGGUUGGUUCAAAUACCCGAGAGCUGGAGGGAAGAAAAUCAAAGGUAGACCUCACCAUCCAGGAGGGGAAUGACAAGCACGGGCUGCUCCAAUUCUUCAGCCGUGUGAGUCACGAAGAAUUUGAGCAACAAACGAUGAUCGAAUUUGAAAGACUCGCUGAGAGACGCAAAGGAGUGCAGAUGGCAGCAGACCUAGCAGCAAGGAGAAAGGUGGAGAGAAGUCGAGCAUUGGCUCGGGAACGUCAGCAGCGUCGCCGAACGAAGUUGGUAGAGGGCAAGGAAGAAUUGAAGGAAGAGGGCUUGGUUGAUAUGGGGUCCAAUGCAAGUGCCACAGGUGUGUUGGUUCCGAUCGCAGAGUUGUCACGGCCAAAGCGUCAGAUUCAGGAUUCAAUGAAGGAACGAAAGCGCCAAAAGACUACUCACCAUUUGGACAAUGUUGUCCAGCCUCCUAGGCGAAAAGUGCGCAAGUUUGCCCGGGCAACAAACUGGUUCCAGCCCAUCUUCUGGACAGUGAUAACGGAAGUGGCCACAACUGUUGGCCGGAAAAUGAGUCCUACCGAAAUAGUGAAACGGUGUCAAAGGAGAAGCUGGAGACUAUUCCACUCACUCCGUGCCGACGUUGGUCGCGUCCAUGUUGGUCCAAUGAAACACUUGCGAAGGUUGAAAAGGAGAAUUGCCCAGGAAGCGGCAUUACACAGAGGGGGAUAUUGGUGA